UUUGCGCAUGCGCAUGAGAUGUGUUGCUGUCGCUUUCAUCACAUUCUAGUGGGUUAAACAAUUUUUCAGUAUAUUAGCAAGGUUUCUCGCAGUGUUCAAGAAAGCAAAAGUAGUUUGUGGUAGAAGAUGUCAAGUCGCAUGUGCAAUCAGUGCGGCUGCACUGACAUUGAUAUUGACUCAACACGAGGAGAUGCAGUAUGUACAGGUUGUGGGUCUGUGCUCGAGGAUCAGAUCAUUGUGUCAGAGGUCCAGUUCCAGGAAAACUCUGGUGGAGGAUCUUCUCUCAUUGGACAGUUUGUUUCCUCAGAUGGACCUGGUAAAUCAUUCUCUAUUGGUGGAACAUUUCCUCAUGGAAUGCAAAAAGAAUCAAGGACGGUCACCCUGCAGAAUGGUAAGAAACGGAUACAACAACUUGCCAGUCAAAUGAAUUUGAACCAGCAUUGUGUUGAUACAGCAUUUAAUUUCUUCAAAAUGGCUGUGUCUAAGCGUAUGACAAGAGGAAGGAAAACAACACAUGUGAUAGCAGCAUGUUUGUAUUUAGUCUGUCGGUCAGAGAGAACACCACAUAUGCUUCUAGACUUCAGUGAUGCUUUGCAGGUGAAUGUGUACAGUUUGGGUAGAACUUAUCUUCAACUGUCCCGAGAGCUGUGCAUCAACCUACCUGAUAUAGACCCUGCCUUGUACAUAUCAAGGUUUGCACACAGUCUGGAGUUUGGAGACAAGACACAUGAAGUAUCAAUGACAGCUAUGAGACUGGUACAGAGAAUGAAACGAGAUUGGAUGUCCACUGGUAGACGACCUAGUGGUCUCUGUGGAGCAGCCUUGCUGGUGGCUGCAAGAAUCCAUGAUUUCUCAAGAUCUGUAAAGGAGAUAAUAAAGGUGGUAAAGGUAUGCCAGUCAACACUGAGAAAAAGAUUGAUAGAGUUUGAAGAAACGCCAUCUAGUCAGUUAACAAUCGAAGAAUUCCAGACUAUAGACCUAGAGGAGGAGGCUGACCCACCAUCAUUUACCGAGGGAAAACGUCGUGCCAAAAAGUUUCAAGAACAAAGUAAAUUGCCAGAAUAUGCAUCAGAAGUGUCUAAACUACAGGAAGAGAUUGAACAAACAUUGCUCAACCAGAAACCUAGGGGAAUAUGGGCACAUUAUGCCAAAAUGUCUGAUGCUGGAUCUGUGGAUUCUGAAACAUCAAGGCUAAGUGAUCUUACUGAACCUGAGGAAAAUAUAAGUGAAGAAAACAGGAACUCUAGCCUUGAUUCGCUCUCAGAAAUUGAUAGUUUUAAAAAUGAAUCCAAUUCAGCAGUGUCUUCAGAUGGAACAAACAAAAAUUUAACCAAAGAAGUGUUUGAUAGUGGUGUGACAGAGUCUGUAGAAACAGACACUGUGACUCGAGAUGUGUCUGAUAUUGUUGGGACAAAUCUGUCAGAGACGGAAAAUGUGACUCGGGAAAUAUUGGAUAGUGAGGGUACAAAGUCAUUAGAGGGUAGUAAAAUUACUCCUGAUUCAGUUAGAGAUGAAUUGAUAAUUGGAUCAGAUGUGAGUGUGUUGAGCAGUAACAAUAUUAAGAAAGCUACUGAAGUACUAGAUGGUGUUCCUGGAGUACCCACCCUUGGACCUGAAAUGGAGACUUUGGUAACUGAUUGUAUGAAGGAAGGUAGUGAUAAUUCUAGAGAUGGUAUAGAAGAUGGUGAACUUGAUCUGACAGGUAUUGAUGACAGUGAGAUUAGUAAGUACAUAUUAGCAGAGAAAGAGGUGUUACUGAAAACGAGAAUCUGGAUGGCAGAAAAUGCUGAGUUCCUCGAAGAAAUGAGAUUAAAAGAAGAAAAGAAGGCUAAAGAAGCAGAGGAGGAAGCCAAGAAACCUCCAGAGAAACGGAGGAAGACACACAAGAGGAAGAAGAAGCAGCCUGUACAGGAAGCUGCUACAGCACAGGAGGCAAUACAGAAAAUUAUGCAGGAGAAAAAAAUAUCGUGUAAAAUUAAUUACGAUGUGUUAAACGACUUGAACGUGAAAUCUAGCACAGCUUUCAGCUCCCCGGUUAAAGGAGACUCAAAUGUUCAGGGAAUACUUCGAGAUAAUAAUCCAUCUAUAUCACGGUUGAGAAAAGCAAGUGUCAGCUUUGAUCUCAGGCCAGAGAUCUGUAAAACUAGAGUUCAUAAGGUUCCGACUGAAGUAGUACCUAUCGUGCGACUGUGGACUUGCGGGUGGAGUCAGUAUUAACUCGUCCAUGUCUCUGAUUGGUGAAAGUGGAGCGGGAAUCAUGUGAAUGUGGAUCUCACUUUCUGACCAGUCCAUUUGGUUGUGAGGAGAGCUGUGACCCUGUGGGCUUCCUGGUGGAGUGAGGGGUGGAGUCAUUGGUGUGGCUCUGUUUCUAACGUCACCGUAGAGGACUUCCUCCAAGGCUAGGGUACUCUCUUUCUGUAACAGUGUCCAUUUCUGAUCGCGAUACUGUUCAUACAUGUGGAGAACUCCCAGAAGAAUAGUGAUCUUGAACUCGAGGUAGUCAAAUUCUGAGGACCCAGUCUCUCUAGCAUGCUGACGCCUAUGCAGAAGUUCCAGCAAAUGUACCUCUGAAAAUAUACAAAAAAUAUAUAUAUAUAAGAUUGGAGCUUUUUUUAACGUUUUAGCAGCUUAUUGUAAAAAAAUAUUGUUUGCAAAAAGGCUUCACUUUCAACUAAUCCAUAUUUAUUCCACAUGCAAAAAUGCCAGUAAUAAUGUAAGUUGUGCAUGUUUAUUUCACCAGAACUUUCGGAAGUCAAAGCUAUCAUCAUUUAUUCCUGUUAAAUUGAACCAGUGUUUAACAGAUAGAAAUAUAAAACAUGCCAUGACAACUCUUUGAUGUAACAAGCAUUGUAAUUGUACUAAAGUUUCAUCAAAAUAUUUGCCCAUAAAAUAAUUCUGAAAUUGUAUAUGCAUAAUUGGAAGUAAUGUCAUACAAUCUUCUUGAGAAAUCUAUGACUUUAAGUUCUCUUUAAUUGUAGGCAAAUAUUUCAUAAAAUAUUACCAGUUACACAGCUUUAUUUCAUCAUGUUUGACAAUAUGUUGAAAUUUUUACAUAUUUGAGAAGUUACACUAAAAUUUACAUUGUAUGGAUUUCAUUUUUUCAGAAAAUGUCUUUAAAUUUUCCUAUAGACAUCAUUUUCAAAACUUUCAUGAUCUGUCCAGCAAGAGGGAAGAUGAAAUAUGAGGCUUGGAACAAUCUGUUUUUAAUGAAAGUCAUGUAGAGGACCAAUAUGAUACUUGUAUGAAGUUUACCCAACAUAAAUAUCUGCAAUUUCUAAAACCACAAAAAUAUUCUUUAUGUGAGUUGGAUUGUCCUAUCAUAAUAAAGAAUAACGGCUUUUGCCAUAUCAAAUAAUUUGCAUGCCAGAAAAAGUCACAGUUAAGGUAGUUUUGCACAUUUGAUAAAACGGAAGUGAUGGCGUAACGUCAUUUAUCUGGAACACGUAGAAUGAAUAAAUGGCAAUCUGAGUAAAUUUAUUACAUUGGCACUGCUACUAUCUAAAGUUAAAAUAUGAUAUUAAAACAUGUGACACGCUACUAAAUAAUUCAAAAUCAUGUCUUGAAAUUAGCAUGAAAUUUGUGGUUCACUUUAUUGAUGGUCAGAUAUCUCAAAAAUAAGCAAACAGACCUAUAGAUAUAUUUUAUUUCACCAGUUUAUAAGCCUUAUAUCUAUUUACAACUGGGGGAAAAUGUUAUGAAAGUUAUGAUUUUCCCCAUUAUGAAAAAUUGUGUGAGGUCCAAAUAUUUCAAAUCUGUCUAGCAAAAAAAAAUCAAGCACACAACCCUAUCUUCUUUAUUUGCUGAAUUUUCUUACAAAUGAUGUCACACAUCCGAUAUGAAACUUGAACGUAAUAUGGAAAAUAUUGACGUUUCAGGUUCCAGUGAAACUAUUUAACGGAGUUAUUAAAUGAGUAUGUAAUAAAGUGUAAUUACUUAAUCUUGCAAAUGGUUUUCGUCAAAAUAUCUCACGUUUGUGUUUCAUUAAUAAGUCAGGUAUGAAAUUUUAUUAAUUUUUAAGCAAUACAAAUGGUCAUAAAGUUAAUAAAUUUAAAAUUUAUGCUGUGUAAAUAAAUCUGCUUUCAUGACAUCUCCCACACCGUCUUAUGUUUAUAACAAUGUUAUUAAAUCUUGUCAUGAAAAUUGAAAAGUAUAUAUAACAUAUAAAGUAAUUUGAUAUUGCACGGCAUAUCAGAGUGAUGAAUCUCUUCUUGUAUUAUCAUUAAAUAACACAGUAUUUUUCUGUGUAAAACAGUUUCUUUUCUCUUGUCUCUUAUAAGUAACAAAAAGCUUACCUAGCACUUCAGUUUGCAGAACAGACUGCUCGUACAAAUUCCUAAGUUCCAUUAAAUCCAUAUCUGUGUUUAUAUCACUUUUCUUAUUUCACAAUACAGAACUUAUUUUAGUAUAAGAUAUAUAUCUUUUCAUAAAACAAAAUGUAGUUUAAGAUAAUAAAUGACAAGUAAUAGUUGCACAAAUGCGUUUAACUGAAAUUUUACUUUUCAUCCAUAUUUAUACAAUAUUCAAGUGACAUGUUUUGCUCAUAUCUAUUAGACAAUUUUUAAUUACCUUAAUUGAAUUAAUCAUCAUUAAUUAUCACCCUUUAAUAAGGGGUUGCAGACUGAUUAAAGGUUAACAACAGCAAUAACAACUUAAUUGAUUGGACCACUUAAUGCAGUUUGAAAUUAGUUUUAAUGCACUUUCUAAGGUGCUAAUUAAUUUGACUUUUGAUCUUUUGAGUGUGGGUUAAUUAUAGAUUAAAUGUUUGUCUUGGAUGUGCAAUUGGUGUUACAACCUUGAAACUUUAGCUGUUUGAUGUCUGACUGUGCAGUUUUUAUUGCAAUUGAUGAUGAUGAAAUACUGGAAAAACAGGGAAUUUGAUAAAUUUUCUGGAAAGACCACUGAGAGCAAAAUUUAAACAAAACAAUACUGUUUCAUGUCAGCUGCUAGGAAAGAUACUGCACAGUAUUUUUUUUUAAAAACCCAGCUGCCAUGAUGGUGCUGGGGCAGGUUUUUAUAUAAAUUAUGCAUGCUUCACAUCAGAAAGCCCUUUUUUUAAAUUUUGAAUUAAUUAUUGAAUAAGAAGUUAUUAAAACAUGCAUAAAUACACAUUGAGACAUUCUUGAUCAAUUGCUGUAAUUAUUUUUUAGAACAAAAAUUGUGAAGUAUAGUUUCAAAAAAUAAUUUAAACCAACUGCCAAAAGUUUGAAUGGUCCUUGUGUGACCCUCUACCAAGAUUGUUCAAAUUAUUUGGAUUCGUCAAAAAACAAGGCCGCCGGAGGGCCUGGUCACUUUUCCCUAUAUGUAUAUAGUGGAAACUUUAAAAAUCUUCUUUUGUGAAACUGCCAGCCCAAUUUUAAAAUAAUUUUACACAAAUGGUUCUUGUGUGAUCCUCUACCAAGAUUGUUCAAAUUUUUCUGAUUCAUCAAAAAACAUGGCUGGCAGGGGGCGUGGUCUUUUUUCCCUUUAUGUAUAAAGUAGAAAAUUGGAAAAUCUUCUUGGAUAAAACUGUUUGACCGAUUUUAAAAUAAUUCCACACAAAUAGUCCUUGUGUGACCUUCCACAAAUACUGUUCAAAUUUUUCUGAUUCGUCAAAAAACAUGGAUGCCAGAGGGCGUGGUCACUUUUCAUCAACAAUUUCUUUAAAGGUCAAGGAAUGCAUGUCAAUAAGUUAGCUUUAUAUAAAAGCCAUCCUCAAGCCUUUCAUAACGCUGAAAGAAUUUUUUUAAAUCGGACCAGUAUUGAAGAAGAUAUGGCAGUUUGAAAUUUAAGAAAAUGGCUGAUCAAUGGAGGCAGCCAUUUGAGUGUAUUUACACUGUGCUGUGACUUUGGAACAUGGUGGGGGUAGGAGUGAGGUUAGGUUCGCAUCAUUAUAAUUACUAAGAAAAAUAAAAUUCCAUUUGAUGCAAACUGGGAUUCUCCAUGUGACUGGUAUAUAUAGCCUGUUCCCCUAUAUUCUCGCGGUACUAGUGACUUUAAAAACAGUAAGCAAGCAAAUAAAAAUAUAACAGUUAUUUUGUUUAAUAAAUAAUUUAAAAUAAUUCAUUAUCUAUCAAAACAUACAAGUUUUGACACAAAAUAUAAUUAAAAUACUCCCGACAAUCACGUGUCAACAUGUAGACUUUCUUCCAUUUUGAUUUUGUAUGUCCUUGGUAUUUUCGCGUUAAAGAUGUUGUUGUUGUAGUUGUAGAAUUAUUGUUAGGUUACAUACCACGAUAUUUGUUUAAUUCCGAUACACUAAGGACUUCUGUGUCUGUUUGUAAAAACAACAGUUUAAUUAUAACGAUAUUGGUAAAAUUAUGCGAAAUGCUCCACACCCAGUACUUAACAAUUUACUCAUUUUGACAGCGUGUACACCUGAAAGAGCUGUCCUUUCUCAGAAUCCUGACCAUUGAACCUUUGUAUGCGACCACUAAAUCCAGUCCGUUUCGGAAAUUAUGGUAACAAGGCGGGAAUUAAAGGGAAUCAAGGCAUUGCGGGAUCGUCGUUUGUCAGAAUCGGGCCUAUUUAUAACAGACGACAUCAACAAAACAUUGGCGAAAACGAUGUUAACAAGUGAAAAAUACAGGAUUUGGUUUAAUUGGAUAGAAAUUUAAGUACUUCAGCUAUUUUCAAAGCUAACUCACCAAAAUUCUAUGCAUUCUUGAUGAAAUGAUUAAGAUUUGAACUGAAAAUGAAAGUAGGUUGUUUGUAAACAACGUCAAGAUGGUGCUUCCGUGCAAAACGGAAAUAACGCGAAAUUACCAAUGACGCGAGAAUAACGCGGACAACUAUACAUUUACUUUUUUAUCAGGUUCAACUCAUAUAUUUCGUUUCGAUAAGGGUUAACAUUGAAUAUAAUAAAUUAAUUCCUUAAUUUUAGUUUGAAUCUAAUUAUUAUAUAAUUUAGAAUCUAUUUCUGAUCAUGUUCAACUCUUAUGUCCACAGAAAUGAUAAAGAAAACAAUUAUAAACACUACCCUUCUGGUAAUCACAUAGGAAUAAUAAUACAGCAAAAAUAACUGGCACGAUACUCACUACUUUCAUCCACAAAUUGACAGUAUAACCCUUAUUAUAUACAUAGUAAUAUAUAACAGGUGGGUUUUUGUCCGCCUUCAAAAUAUAUAGGGUGGGUUUUUGUCUGCCUGGAAAAUAUUUAGGGUGGGUAUAUGUCCGCCUAUGUAAAAAUCACUGGGUGGGUUUUUAUGCCCCCCUUUGAAAAAGGAGGGGUAUAUUGUUUUGCAGAUGUCGGUCGGUCGGUCGGAAUGUAGACCUAUCCGUUUCCGGAUGAUAACUCAAGAACGCUUGGGCCUAGGAUCAUGAAAGUUGAUAGGGAGGUUGGUCAUCACCAGUAGAUGACCCCUAUUGAUUUUGAGGUCUGUAUAUCAAGGGUCAAGGUCACAGUGACCCUGAAUAGUAAAACGGUUUCCGGAUGAUAACUCAAGAACACUUGGGCCUAGGAUCAUGAAAGUUGAUAGGGAGGUUGGUAAUGACCAGCAGAUGACCCCUAUUGAUUUUGAGGUCAGUAUGUUAAAGGUCAAGGUCACAGUGACCCUGAACAGUAAAACAGUUUCCGGAUGAUAACUAAAGAACGCUUAGGCCUAGGGUCACGAAAGUUGAUAGGGAGGUUGGUCAUGACCAGCAGGUGACCCCUAUUGAUUUUGAGGUCAGUAUGUCAAAGGUAAAGGUCACAGUGACCAGGAACAAUAAAAUGGUUUCCAGGCAAUAACUCAAGAACGCUUGGGCCUAGUGUCAGGAAAAUUGAUAGUUAGGUUGGCCAUGACCAGCAGAUGACCCCUAUUGAUUUUGAGGUCAGUAUGUUAAAGGUCAAGGUCACAGUGACCCUGAACAGUAAAACAGUUUUCGGAUGAUAACUCAAGAACGCUUAGGCCUAGGGUCACGAAAGUUGAUAGGGAGGUUGGUCAUGACCAGCAGGUGACCCCUAUUGAUUUUGAGGUCAGUAUGUCAAAGGUCAAGGUCACAGUGACCAGGAACAGUAAAAUGGUUUCCAGGCAAUAACUCAAGAACGCUUGGGCCUAGUGUCAGGAAAAUUGAUAGUUAGGUUGGCCAUGACCAGCAGAUGACCCCUAUUGAUUUUGAGGUCAGUAUGUUAAAGGUCAAGGUCACAGUGACCCUGAACAGUAAAAGUUUCCGGAUGAUAACUCAAGAACGCUUAGGCCUAGGGUCACGAAAGUUGAUAGGGAGGUUGGUCAUGACCAGCAGGUGACCCCUAUUGAUUUUGAGGUCAUUAGGUCAAAGGUCAAGGUCACAUUGGCCAGGAACAGUUAAACGGUUUCUGAUCUGCUUGUCCAAAACCAUAGGGCCUAGGGCUUUGAUAUUUGGUAUGUAGCAAAAUCUAGUGGUCCUCUACCAAGAUUGUUCAGAUUAUUUCCCUGGGGUCAAAUAUGGCCCCACCCCUAGGGUCACAUGGUUUAUAUAGACUUAUAUCGGAAAAAACUUUGAAAAACCUCUUGUCCAAAACCACAGGGCCUAGGGCUUUGAUAUUUUGUAUAUGACAUCAUAUAGUAAUCCUCUACUAAGAUUAUUUAAAUUAUUCCCCUAGGGUCAAAUAUGGCUCCGCCCUGUGGGUCACAUGGUUUACAUAUACUUAUUUACAGUGUGCAUAUAAUUUCUGUUCCUUGUAAAUUACUAAAUGAAUCAAGGGGGGCAUUUCGUGUUCGACGAGCUCUUGUUGUCCGGUGGGUUUUUGUCCGUCUUCCUAUAUAUAUAUAUAUAUAUACACCAUACUUCUAAGUAUGAAUCUUCCAAUUCAGAACACCGGACGAUAUUUUCGAAAAAAAAAAAGAAGACUUGUUUCAGUACAAUUUUAUUCCCCAAAACUGUACAACACAAACAAACAGAUAUUCAUUCGAAUACAAAUCUGUGCCUGUGGGGAAACCUCACCUAUAAUUCCAGCAAUGACUGAUUAUUUUUGACUUGCAUUAGAAUCACUACCUGUCAAUCAAAGGAUCAAAUGACCACUGUAGAUUGUGAUUAGAUAGAGAUCUUUCAUUAAAGAAAUGAAUGGCGGUUUAAAUUUUGUUGUUUACAUCAAACAUCUUCACAGACUUUUAAUUCUGAUUGCGGUGUCAUUAAUAGCAUGAAUUUAGUAAAGAAAUAAAUUAGCCAGUGUGAAGGUUUGAUUUUGUAAUUGGUCGAACACUUUCACAAACUUCACAACUUCAAAGCUGGAUGCAGUGAUGUAAAAAAAAUUAAUAAAGCCUCUAAAAUCAUGGCAUUUUUCGAAAUCUCCAUCAUUUGCAUAAUUAAAAUGAGUGUUGAAACAUUGUAAAAAAUCUCUAUCAUUUUCAUAAUUAAAAUGAGUGUUGAAACAUUGUAAAACUAAACUGUCCCUGUAGAACAAAAAUUAAAAUAAUUCUCCAGUCUGAAUGUGUUCCAAAUAACCAAAGAAUGGCUGAUGGUAUACAGUGGUACUUGUCCAAUUUGCUGUGUACUUCCAAAUACCUAAGACUUCCAAAAAACAAACUUUUCUUCUGAUCCUGAGGGUGUGUUGUUUUUGAAACAUUGUGUACUUGACUCUUGCAGUUUGCAGUUUUCAGCCAGUUGAAAUAAAUCUUUUUUACGUCAUGAGCAUAAAGUGGACAUGUUCAUAUUGUACAGACUUUUAUGUCUGACUAUUUUUUUCUAGAGUUCUUACCAUGUUGUGGACUUUAUUUAUUAUUCUGUCAAGUAUUUUUAUGGGGUAUGUGUCAUAUGAUGUGGACAUCAGUCUGGUUAUACAUAAAGUCUACUAGUAUAUAGUACCGUAUAUACUUUUAUGUUUCUUUGUAGUUAGUUAAGAUUUACUUCCACAUUUUAAUACUCGAAAAGACCAGCCUUGUCAAGAUUAAAUGCAUGGGGAGACAUACAUUUAAAAAUAAAAAAGAACACCCAUCUAGUUACUUAAAAAGUUUGAUUUAAACUUAAGAAAGUUGCUCCACAUCAUCACCCGCAUCCUGUAUUACAAGGCUAUUUUCCAUUAUCCAACACUGAAUCAGUCAAGGGUGCAGUCUCCUGUAUCAGCUCUUGAUAAUUCUGCUGUAUGACUGUGGUCUUCUUUGUUAGGCCAUAUGUUGCAACAAUUCAACUGGGUGGUCAGUUUAGUUUGAGGAAUACUAAAUUUUUAAAAAAUACUGAGCUAUACAUACAUACAUGACUAUAUUACUAAACAGUGAUCCCACAAAUUUCUACCAAGGUAUGUUUCUUGAAUCUGAUUGACAACUUUGGGUCCUUGAAUCUUUUGAAUUCUGAAUAGAAAUCUUAUCUGUUGAAAGUUGUCCUGCCAUAGAGCUGGAAGAAAUGUCACAAGUAAGUGAUGAAUGACCCUUAAAUGCCUUUGCCUGUGGGUUAGGUUUGAUGCUAAGGUUUUGGUUAGUGUUUGUUCAAGUCAUCUUGACCUUAGAUGUACAGAUCUGACUAUUGUACAUUACACACCUCACCCUACCUUACAUUUACAAUACCUUGCAUUGUUAAAAAACUAAGAGUUGAGACAUAAAGCAUUUUGGAGAGAUAAACAGACUAACUCACAGUGCAGGUGCAAUAAUAGCAACAAAUAGAAGUAAAUAGACAAAUAAUGGUCUAU